AUGCCUGGUAGCACAACAAGUGAAACUAAAUUAGAGAACGGAAUACGUAUUAGUUAUAAGAGUGAUGCUUUAGAUUACGUCUAUAAAGCAAUUGUUUUAUUUGAGACCCAUGAUGAAGUAAUAUUAUCAGGGGUUGGUAAAGCCAUAAGCUCAGUUGUUAAUGUAGCUGAGAUGAUAAAGAGAAGAGCAAAGGGACUUCAUCAAUUUACCCAGUUAUAUGAAAAGGAGCACAUAAUUAAAAGAGAAGAUACUACCGGCUUAAAAAAAAAUAGUAAGGGUGACGACAAAAAAUCAGGAGAUGAAGAAGAAAGUGAUAAGAAUAAGGAAUCUGCUAACCGAAUUAUUGAGUUUAGUACAACUGUCCCAUGCAUGAAAAUAACUUUGUCAAAAACUGGUGAAAAUAUUGAUAAAGAUCAAGUAGGUUACCAAAAGCCAUUAGAUGAUAAGGAUGUUAAAGUUAUGACACCCGAAGAAAUAUUAAAGGAAAAAGCUUAUAGAAGAAGAUAUAGAAGAGGUAGAGGUGGUGAUAGAUAUAGGGGAUCCUAUAGAAGACAGUAUUAUGACAAUUCCAUGUGGAAUAAUAGAAGAUAUGAAAAAAGAAACAAUUAA